CUAUGUCUGGCCCCGGCUGAUAAAUUGAAACGGCCAGCGCAAUGUAGCGCAGAGAGGCAGAUUUCCCUUUUUUUUUUGCGACCUCAGUGCAAACGUCCAAUGUUUGUUCAUCCUUUCCGACAAAAUCUACUUCACCCAUCUAUCCACCAAUCAUCAAUCAUCAUUCCCAUGGUAAUCUCCGCGGGCCUCAUCGGAAUUGCAGGAUGCGAGCAAGGAUGGAUGCUCCUCUCCCCCCGAUUCUCGUCUCAUCUCUCCCUCUCCGUGACUCUUGUCUUUACGUCUCGUCUCCACCAAUAUAAUAAGCUGAUUUCACCGUUGCCUCUACCGUCCCAUAAAGGCAGCACUCCCCCAAGGGAUUGAUCUCUCAACUCAAUCUUUUGCCUUUUUUCUUAAAAUAAUAAUGAUAAUAAUUUGUCGCUGGUCUCUCCAUCCUGAGGGAGCCUAGCCCCCACCCCACACCCACACGCUCAUUUCCAAUCAAAAGCAGCCGCUCCUUCCUCCCACGCUCCGCCUUUUUCGCCCUUUAUCGUCAUUAUCACUGCAAGACAAACACAAGCCAAGACCAAAACCAACAAACAGUGAUCGGCUUUUUGGGAGUGAUACGCAGAGGACCGGACAAGGGGAAAAAAGGAAUUGGAGGGUUGCGUUGCGGGCAGAUUCUUGAAUCUCGAAUGGCCAAACAGGGAAUGGAGCCGGUGGUUCUCGAUGGGAUAAUACAGAGGCUGUUGGAUCACAGGAACAACAGGGCUUGCAAGCAGGUGCAGCUCAUGGAGGCGGAGAUCCGGGAGCUUUGUGCCGCUGCCCGUGAAGUCUUCCUCCAGCAACCCGCCCUGCUCGAGCUCGAAGCUCCCAUCAAGAUCUGCGGUGACAUUCACGGGCAGUAUUCCGAUCUUCUGAGACUUUUCGAGUACGGGGGAUUCCCUCCUCAGUCCAACUAUUUAUUCCUUGGUGAUUAUGUGGACCGUGGCAAGCAAAGUUUGGAAACAAUAUGCCUCCUCCUCGCCUACAAGAUCAAAUACCCUGAGAAUUUCUUCCUUUUAAGAGGAAAUCAUGAAUGUGCUUCUGUUAAUAGGAUAUAUGGAUUUUACGAUGAAUGCAAGCGCCGGUUUAAUGUGAGGCUGUGGAAGACAUUUACUGAUUGCUUUAACUGUCUCCCAGUGGCUGCUCUUAUUGACGACAAGAUUCUCUGCAUGCAUGGUGGUUUAUCACCCGAUCUGACUGAUCUGGACCAAAUUAGGAAUUUGCCUCGCCCAACUGAUAUACCUGAUUCAGGUCUGCUCUGUGACUUGCUUUGGUCGGAUCCUGGUAAAGAUGCCCAGGGUUGGGGGAUUAACGACCGAGGAGUCUCAUUCACCUUCGGCCCAGAUAAGGUAUCCGAGUUCCUGACAGAGCAUGAUAUAGACCUUGUUUGCCGUGCUCAUCAGGUCGUGGAAGAUGGGUACGAAUUCUUUGCAGAAAGACAGGUGGUCACGAUUUUCUCUGCCCCAAACUACUGUGGUGAAUUCGAUAACUCUGGUGCAAUGAUGAGUGUUGAUGAAAGCUUGAUGUGCUCCUUUCAAAUCCUGAAACCAGCUGAUAGGAAGGCCAGAUUCAGCUGAACAAGUUUAUGACCCUCGACCUCGAUAGCUAUUAGAAUUUUCUCAUGAUUCUCUGCCCUUCAGCAGCAAUAAACGAAGGGGAGCAAGACUGUGAUUUCGUACAAGGUUCUACUGAUAUGGGGAAAAUUGCAAAUAGAGUUUCCAGGUUGGUUUAGCUCCGGUGUCCAUGCUAGUAUAAUUGCUGUAAAUGAUGGUUGCGGACACCAGUGGAAUGACUUUCAUUUUUUUUUUUUUUUAAAUUUUCCUGGGAUCUAUUUAGAUCCAGUUUCUCUAUCUACUUAUGCUCGAGUGGUUGCUCCCGCAUUUUCUUCAUCCUAA